CAAAAAAAAGAAAUAGAAAAAGAAAAAGAAAAGGUAUUGAUUUUAUUUUAUAAAGUUCCAAUUUAUAACUUUGCCGCUCUAAACUCCUAAGAAAGAGAAAUACGUUCGCUCCCUAAGCUCUGAGAGGGCAAAAAAAAAAAAAAAAAGAGCUGUUUGUGAAGUAGAGAGGCAUAUAUCGAAGAAGAUAAAAAUUCCAUUAACGCCCAUCACUUAGUUGAUCUAUAAGAAGCUUCAUGGCUUCAAGUAGGCCACGUGGCAGCAGUUUCUCUCGAAACAUAUCUAGUGCAGCUACAUCUCAGAUUCCUGGAGUAAAGCUUGGUCCAAAUGGCACAUCAUUUCUUUCAUCAGGCAUACCAGAUCUUGACCAGAUUUUGGGAGGUGGCUUUACUUUGGGAAGCCUAGUCAUGGUAAUGGAAGACCCUGAGGCACCUCAUCAUAUGCUUUUACUGAGAAAUUUCAUGUCUCAGGGCCUGGUUCACAAGCAACCCCUGCUUUAUGCCAGCCCGGAAAGAGAUCCACGAGGCUUUCUUGGAACUUUGCCUAGCCCAAUGGCUUCUAAGGAUGAGAAGCCUCAUGAACGGCCUGCUGAACAGGAUUCGAAUUUAAGAAUCGCUUGGCAAUAUAAGAAGUAUUUGGGGGAACAGAAUUCAGAGGUCCAAAGAGGUGGAAAAGCUGAAUAUUGCAAUGACUUCGACGUGCGAAAGCCCCUGGAAAGGCACUUCUAUAGUGGGCAGCGGGUUGAUUGCAUUAGUCUUCGAGAUUCUCCCAAUCUAGUGCCUCUACUGGAACGUUGUGCAGCCUUUUCAUCUCAAAUCUCAAAAUCUGAUGGCAACAUCACAUGUGCCGGUCGUAUUGCCAUUCAGUCACUAUGUUCUCCUCAGUGCGACUUCUCUGACAAGGAUUGGGAUAUGCUUUCUUUUAUAAGAACCUUGAAAGGUAUGAUUCGAUCUUCGGGUGCAGUUGCGGUCAUAUCUUUUCCGCCCUCACUUGUCUCACCAACCUUUUUAAAGAGAUGGCAGCAUCUGGCUGAUACCUUGAUAUCUGUCAAAGCAAUUCCUGAUGAGGACAAGGAGUUGGCCAAGCUCCUCACUGGUUACCAAGAUAUGCUGGGCCUUCUGAGUGUACACAAAGUGGCUCGCAUAAAUACACAGGUCCCUGCAAUUCUGGAAGCCACAACAUUCUCAAUAAAGCUGCGAAAGCGAAGGGCAUUGAUUUUAGAAUGCCUUAAUCAAGCCCCUGUUGAUGGUUCAAGUGGAAGUUCAUAUGGUACUUCUAGUAGUUGUUCUGGAAGUUCUAAGACAGGGAACCUUGACUUCUAGAUGAUAUUAAGCGCGUUUGCUUCAAUUUGUCACAACCUAAGUCAUGCUCCUGUAAUUGCUGGAUUUGCUGGUUCAAACUUUGUCACUGUCAGUUGCAAGCUGCAAUCAGGGGUCGGAUGGAAGCUGGAUUUAGCAUACAUUCUUACAAUUCCGAAUUUUGUUGAUGAAAGCCGGUCAAGAGGAGGAAUGCCAGGACGGAUAGUUCUACUCACUGUAUCAUAAUGUUCUACAGUUGCAUCAAUUUACAAUUAUGAGCUGGACUUGUUAGGCUGUGCUAAUUGAGUACAUUAUGUUUAUCCUUACGAUCAAAUAUUUAGGAAAUUGUAUUGAAGGAUAUGCAUUACAGUUAAACUUAUCUUGAGUCAGCUUUCUUAA